AUGCCUCUGGAUACGGGUAACAUCAUGGUCGCCAGUGCCGGUCUGUUUGCGCCAACCAUACGCCACCACCAAGGCGCUUUCUACAUUAUUUGCACAAAUGGAACGCAUAAUCAAGACACCUUCGCCCUAGACAACCUCUACAUCACCACGACCGAUAUAUGGUCAGGCAGAUGGUCUAAUCCAAUUCAUUUCCCUUUCAACGGUAUCGACCCCAAUCUGUAUUUUGACGAUGAUGGCCGUGUCUAUGUACAGGGAUGCUGGAUGAUAGACCGCCUCAAACAGCCCAGCUGCACGAUCAAGCAAUUCGAGAUCAACAUCGCAACGGGCAAGGCUCUAACAGAAACCCGAGAGAUAUGGGGCGGCUUCGCGCGCUAUGAUACCGAGGGCCCUCACAUCUAUAAGCGAGGGGGCUACUAUUACCUCCUCGUCGCCGAGGGUGGCACUUUUGAGCAUCACAUGUUGAGCAUCGGGCGCUCAAAGGAUAUCUGGGGCCCCUACGAGUCCUGCGAUGCAAACCCUAUCAUGACCGCUGAUGGGAAACCAGACGAGUACAUCCAGAACAUCGGUCAUGGCGAACUCUUCCAGGAUCAAAGCGGUGCUUGGUGGGCUGUGGUUCUUGGUGUGCGCAACGAGCAUGGUCGCCCGCCGCUUGGCCGGGAGACAUUCUUGACCACCAUCGAUUGGCCAGAAGACGGGUGGCCAACGAUCCAGCAACCCACGAUGGAGUUUGAGCGUGUUCUUUCUGGCCCUAUUGGUGGCAAUGAAUCAUUGAUUCAUAAGGCUCCGGCGCAUGUCGAUCUGGUAUACAUCCGCGAUCCCGAGUUCGAGAUGUAUCAUAUCAGUGGCGAGACAGGCUUGGUACUCCAGUGCAGUGCUAGCGAUCUAUCGACUCCCACCGGUACUAGCACGUUUGUUGGCAAGCGGCAACGAUCCAUUGAUGCAUCCGCUUCAGUAAUCCUCAGCGUUCCCAGUUUGAAGUUCCACAUCCUUGAAUCUUUCCCUAAAGAUGCUCCCUCCAAAGGCCUUCCGCCACUGAUCCUGCUUCUUCACGGCUUUCCAAACCUAUCAUUCGACUGGUCUGCUGUUAUGCCAAAGCUUGCCGCGGCAGGAUACUAUGCAGUCGCUCCCGACAUGAGAGGCUUUGGCCGGACGCACAACGCCGAUCUGAGCCCGAUCAGCGAAGAGACCAUCCGUCCGCUGACCGCGUUGCGAGAUAUAGUCACCCUAGUCCAUGCACUUGGCUACGAGACCAUCCAUACUCUCGUCGGGCACGAUCUCGGGGCAUUUGUGGCUUCCAUGUGUGCUAUCACGCGGCCAGAUAUGAUCAAGUCUUUGGUAUUGAUGGCGCAUCCAUUCAAGGGAUCUCCUCAGCUGCCGUUAGGGACUGGGGCUGCACCGCAAUUAGCUUCUUUGUUUGAAUCCAAACAAGAGGAUAGCGGGAAGGCAAUCAAGAAUGACAAUGACAUCCAAUCCUCCCUCCUAAAGCUUGACCCGCCGAGAAAGCACUACAAGUAUUACAACGCCUCAUCAGGAGCAGUCGAUGAAUGGACUCAUCCCACAGGCCAGCCGAUGCAUGAUUUCCUCCGGGGAUACUUCCACCUAAAGUCUGCAGACCACGGUCUAAACAAGCCUCGACCUCUCGACUCCUGGACAGCACAAGAGAUCUCCAUCAUGCCACAUUACUACGUCAUGAGAGCGCACCUAUCGAUGCGCGGGAAUAUCGAGCUGGACAUGGCGCAAGAGUCGGCCGAUGUGAGAGCCAAACUCAGUGAAACACCAUGGCUCACCGACGCAGAACUUCAGGUCUACGUUGACGAAUACUCCCGAAACACGUUUCGACUUUCUUUGUUGUGGUACAAAGUCCUCAUCGACCCGGCCUUGUCCGCAGACCUUCUCUGUUUUGCGGGAACAAAGCUGGCGACCCCGACGAAAUACGUCUCCGGGACACACGAUUGGGGAACGUACCAGGUUCCUGGUGCUCUUGAAGCCAUGGAGAGCGGCGAGAGUGUCCGGUCUGACUGCUGGAGGGGGUCUGUCAUAAUUCCUGGGGCAGGCCACUGGGUCAACAUUGAGAAAUCUGAGGAGACGGCACAAGAGAUCCUCACGCUGGCCCGCUCACUUUAG